UGCGCAUGCGUGCUCUGAUGACGAUUACUGUGCCUAGUUCGCGUAGACUGCAUUGGAGACCUCCGGCUGUGUGAAGUGGAAGAAUUUAUCGAGCUUUACGGUCAAUAUCUCGGUUUGACAGAAUAUUAUGUGACAUUUCAGAUCUUGCUGAACAGUGGUACUGAUAUAAACUGAAGAUGUGUUCCUUCAUGAUCGUGUCUCCAACGAAUAUGGACAUUACCCCUCGCUAUAUCGCAAUGGAAAAGUGCCAGGUUGUCAGAUCAGACAGGUACUGAUUCCAUUUGUACGUCCAGGGCCAGUGUUAGCUAGCUAGCUAGCCUAGCUAGCGAUAUUGUUUUCACGUUGACAGAGGCUUGCUUGCCUCCGAAGGCCCUCGGCAGCAAUGGGAAUCCUUUUCACCAAGCUAUGGAGGCUUUUUAACCAUCAAGAGCACAAAGUCAUUAUUGUGGGUUUGGAUAACGCAGGGAAAACCACCAUCUUGUACCAGUUUUCUAUGAAUGAAGUGGUACACACGUCUCCAACCAUCGGCAGCAACGUGGAGGAGAUCGUGGUGAACAACACACACUUCCUCAUGUGGGACAUUGGGGGGCAAGAGUCACUGCGAUCCUCCUGGAACACCUACUACACCAACACAGAGUUUGUGAUUGUGGUGGUGGACAGUACGGACAGAGAGAGGAUAACGGUGACCCGGGAGGAGCUGUAUAAGAUGCUGGCCCACGAGGACCUGAAGAAGGCGGGGCUUCUGAUCUUCGCCAACAAGCAGGACGUGCGUGGCUGCAUGAGCGUGGCGGAGAUCUCCCAGAGCCUGCAGCUCACCUCCGUCAAGGACCACCAGUGGCACAUCCAGGCCUGCUGCGCCCUCACGGGGGAGGGGCUGUGUCAGGGCCUGGAGUGGAUGAUGUCACGGCUGCGAGUCAGAUGACCUCCGACCCCCGGAUGGAAUGGGACCCCUCAGUUUGGGCGUAUUCUCGUCAGGACGACCUGCCGGGCGACGCUGCGGAGGAGGGGGUGGGGGGGGGACUGCGGCGGGACUCCUGAUUGGUUUAUUUAUUACAGACUGCGAACUGAGAACAAAAAAACGAAAACGAAAACGAAACGUCUUUCUCUCCAGGACUGCCCCCAAGAAAAGCAACUUUUUGUGUUCUGGCCGCGGGGAGGGCGGCCAGAACUCUGGGCCCGGGGCGGACUCUGAUCCCGGCGCCGUCGUGCGGUAUUCCUGCCGGGCCGGAGCUGCUCCCGGUCCGCUGUACAGUAUUUGCGUUACUCUGUGCCUGCAUCCCAACCCCUCAGCCCCCGCGCUGAGGUGACUCACACACGAGCCAGCGCUCCUGUAAGGUUCAAUCAAAUAAAGUCUUUUUAUCUGUUA